GUCAUGCAAAUGGCACGGCGGCAGCAGCCUGUUUGACGACGACAAGUGAACUCUAGUUAUAUAUCUUCUGUCUUGAUCAGUGCAGUCAUCUUGCAGGUGGCGCAGCACAAAACAAUUUCAAUUAGUAAUGAAGAAGCACCUAAUCAUCAAUGCUGAUGACUUUGGUUACUGUGAGGAGAGGAACAAAGGCAUUGUUGAAUGUUACAAGGCAGGGGCUGUUACAAGUACGACCUUAAUGGUCAGUGGUCAAGCUGCCCAACAAGCUGCUGAACUUAUCUCUGAAUAUAACAUAUCUGUGGGUUUGCACUUUAACAUAACUGAGGGGCAGCCAGUUUGCCAGUCACUUCAGACCAGUGGUUGCACAUUCACAGAUGCAAAUGGUUGGAAAUUAGGAAUGAUAGGCUUCAGAGAAGCUUUACAUUCACAGAAAGUGGAUAUGAAAGAGGUUAAGUUAGAAUUGGAAAGUCAGCUCCAGAAGUUCCAGUCUUUGUGUGGUCAUCUUCCACAUCAUGUAGAUGGACAUCAGCAUGUCCACACCUUGGAUGGAGUAAGGGAGGUGUUUGCUGAAGUCCUAUCUAGUCACAACAUUUCCUGCACUAGACUUCCAGUGGAGGAUGUCAAUGUACCCUGGCUUAACAGUGACUGGAAACAAUUCUUUACUUCAGUUGUGAACAGUGCAGUUGAAGCCAAGGAUUUAUUUUAUCAAAAUGGAAUAAGUUCAACUGAUCAUUUCCUUGGCAUGACCACCAUGGGCAGUGAUAUGGACAGUGAAAUGACAGAGGAAAGAAUCCAGAGUGCUCUAAAGGCAAUUUUUUCACCCGAUAACACAAUAAACAAGGAUAAGUCUUCCGUGUCAUGUGAACUGAUGGUCCACCCUGGAUAUCCAAAUUGUGACCUCCAAGGUGGCUGUGGGCAAGGACCAGACGGCUUUGCUAAGUCAGCAGACAGAUUGCAUGAAGUUCAAGUUCUUACAAGUUCAGCCAUGCAACAGUUCUAUAAAGAGCAAGGUAUAAAACUUAUCUCAUUUAAAGAUUUGUAAGAAAAGGGCAUGAAGUUCAAGAAACUAUGAUAAUAUUUUUGAAUGAAUUU